AUGAGUUACAAUUAUCUGAAAGCAGCCAGAAAAAUUGUAUGCAUAGGGCGUAACUACGCUGCGCAUAUUAAAGAGUUGAAUAAUUCAACUCCAAAACAACCUUUUUUUUUCUUAAAGCCAUCAUCAAGUAUAGUCACCCCAAUGUCGUCGUCAUUGACCAAGACUAUGAGACCUGCAAAUUCGAGUUAUAAUGGACUAAAUGAGGACGGAACUAAUCCAGGGCCCAUAUUCAUUCCACGUGGUGUGAAGGUCCAUCAUGAAAUUGAACUGGCACUGAUUGUCAACAAAUAUUUAUCCAACGUCACUGAGAUGAAACCUGAAGAAGUGUAUGAUUCUAUCAGUGGUGUUGCUCUAGCGUUAGAUCUUACGGCAAGAAAUGUUCAAGAUGAAGCAAAAAAGAAGGGCUUACCUUGGACCAUAAGCAAGGGAUUUGAUACCUUUAUGCCAAUUUCUACUAUGGUCCCUCGCGAGCGUCUCUCCAUCUAUAGAUCGAACUUGCAGAACAUUUUCAGAGUCAAAUGCUCUGUCAAUGGAAAGUUGAGACAGGACGGUAGCACAGACCUGAUGUUGCAUCCAUUACAUAAGAUCCUGCAACACAUAUCCACCAUGAUAUCCCUUGAACCAGGUGAUAUUAUUUUGACUGGUACGCCUGCAGGUGUAGGUGAGUUAAAACCUGGCGACAAUGUUCAUUGUGAGUUAUUGCAAAACAAUGAUAAGCUUAUCGACAUGAAAUUCGAAUGUGAAAAUCGCCCAGGGCCAUAUGAAUUCAAGGAAACAUGA